AUGACUUUGAUCAACCAAUGCAACUACACGGUAUGGCCAGCUCUGAGCGGUAAGGGCCGUACACUCUGCACCACCGACUCAAUUAUCGAAAAAUUCUCUUGUGCUACCGGUGACUGCAGUUCUGGCAAGAUGGCAUGUAAUGGAAGUGGAGGCUCUCCACCGAACACGCUGGUGGAGUUCAGUUUAGACGGCUUCAACGAUAUUGACUUUUAUGACGUGAGCUUGGUGGACGGGUUCUACCUGCCCGAUUGUUGUUCCCGUAAGUGGUCAGGCAGCAACUGUAAGAGCACGGGGUGCGUGAUGGAUUUGAACGCAGUGUGUCCGACGAAGCUAAAGGCAACCAGAAAUGAGGAACUGGUG